UCGACAUCAAGUUCUGUAGUGAAUUCUGUUCAUCGUUGAAGUCAUGACACGGGCAGCGACAAUCACAGGGUGGCUCUUCACGAUAGGACUUAUUUCAGUCGGUAUUUCUCAUGUGUAUGGAUUAAACUUGACAGCAAAAGAUGAGACGGGGACUAUAGGACCCCUCCCUGUGACUGUCAAGUGUGACUAUGUCGUGGAAACAGGAGAAAUCCUUUUUUCAAUAACCAUGAGUAGGGAGAGAGCUACAGAGCCAGGUUUCACAGACAUUGCAGUGUUUAGACCACCUACAAGCUCAUCACUCUAUGAUGCAAGUGUUACACAGAAGUUUAAAGAUCGGACAACUCUCAUCUUAUCUGGUGAUAUAUACAGUGGUUCCACAAGUGUGCGAUUUGAUCGUGUUGAGUGUGAGGAUGAGGCAGCUUACAAGUGUAUUGCUGCUUACCAAACAGCUUCCAACACGCCCGCUUCAGAAGAAGCAGAGAUGAAUCUUCUCUUGCUAGCUGAGCCGUUGAGACCAAUCAUAACACUGUCUCCUCCAACUAGCACCGGCUACACGGAAGGACAGCAGGUUGAGUUCCGGUGCCAGGGAGCUGUUGGAAAACCUGCCGGAGACUUCCUGUGGUUCCGGUACCGUGGCAACACCUUUACGGACAUUACCAGUCUGGCCAGACUAAAUGCUCCCUAUCCGAGUUCAGGAACUUGCACCUCUGAACGAAUAAGUCAGCUCACACUGACUGUCAGCAGACUGGACAAUGGGAUGAUCAUCCGAUGUGCUGCAAACCACACUACACUCAAAACGCCUACGGGAUCCGACAAAUGCAACUCUACAUGUCAGCAAACUGACACCAUCACAGUUUUCUAUACGUUCAGUGACAGUGACCCCGAUGUCAGCUCCAUCCCAUCAGAGGGCACACACACCGUUGGCGACACGGUCACCCUGAAUUGUUACGCUGUUACCAACCCACCAGCGACCUACACCUGGCAGAAAGAAGGAGAGGAUAAUUCCACAUCACCUGGCGAUGAAUUGAGACUUUCUAAUAUACAAAUUGAAGAUUAUGGAACAUACACAUGUUUGGCAACCAAUGUUGUUGGGGGUGUGACGUACAAUGCAUCAAAGUCCUUCAACAUCAAUGUUGUUGCUACAACCACAUCCCCUCCCACUACAACCGCUACGAGUACACAAAGACCUUCUCCUGGAAGUACUGACGCUGUUAAACCAGGACCUCCAGAAGUGCUUUAUGAAAGGCCGUAUACAACAUUGCAAUGUGGAGCGAGUGUCCCACAUGAAUAUGGAGUCAUCAGGAACGACAACACACAGGGGAUGUGUACGUCUCAGUCAACAGAAGUGCUUGAUGAAAGGCCCUAUACAACACUGCAACAUGGAGCGAGUGUCCUACAUGAAUAUGGAGUCAUCAGGAACGACACCACACAGGGGACGUGUACGUCUCAGUCAAAAGAAGUGCUUUAUGAAAGGCCCUAUACAACAUUGCAACGUGGAGCGAGUGUCCCACAUGAAUAUGGAAUCAUCAGGAACGACACCACACAGGGGACGUGUACGUCUCAGUCAACAGAAGUGCUUGAUGAAAGGCCCUAUACAACACUGCAACAUGGAGCGAGUGUCCUACGUGAAUAUGGAGUCAUAAGGAACGACACCACACAGGGGACGUGUACGUCUCAGUCAAAAGAUGGGCCAAUCUAUGAAGACUGUCUCACAAACUAAAACCAUUGACAAAUUCAAACUUAAACAUGUCCUAUCUAUGUGCCUACUAACGAAAA